CGCGCCUCUCAGCAGCUCAUGGAACCCAACACGCCUCAACACCAGCUGGCCAAGCAGAUCACUGCCGGCGGUGGCAGCCCUGGUCUCAGCUCUCCUUUUUCGCAAAUCACCGACAAUCCUUUCUUCACCGCCGGCUUCGGUCUCGCAGCGCUUGGGGUUGCGGCACGGACUGGCCAAAAGGGUCUCCAACAUGGCGCUGCCUUCAUACGCCGCCGCAUGUUGGUCGACCUGGAAAUAACUCGCCAUGACGACGCCUAUCCGUGGGUCCUCCAAUGGAUGACCAACUACCACAGGGCACAGCAAGCUGGUGCUAGACCACUGGUUCAGAAUGGUGUCCUCUCUAGAGUGCUCAAUCGCAUUGACCCGCGCAUGCACCACCUCCAAGUUCAGACGUACACGCCGCAAGACGGGCCCUCGCACGCUGCCCACUUCUCCUUCGUGCCAGGCCCGGGCAAGCACUUUCUGCGCUACAAGAACGCUUUCAUCCUCGUGGACAGGCAGCGAGAGCGCAAUAGUCUGAACGUCAAGGAUGGCGUACCCUUCGAGACGAUCAACCUCACGACCCUCUACUCGCAUCGCGACAUCUUCGAAGACAUCUUCGCCGAGGCGCACCAAAUAUACCAACAGUCACAGGAAGGCAAGACUGUCAUAUACAACUCCAUGGGUACCAUGUGGCAGCCCUUUGGAGAUGCUAAGCGAAAGCGGCCCCUAGACUCCGUCGUCCUUGAGCGCGGUGUCAAGGAGCGCAUCGUAGAGGAUAUGGAGGCUUUCAUCUCAUCACGCAAGUGGUACUUGGACCGUGGCAUACCGUACAGGCGAGGCUAUUUGCUCUACGGGCCCCCGGGGACCGGAAAGAGCUCCUUCAUUCAAGCUGUUGCAGGCCAUCUUGACUUCAAUAUUGCCAUUCUGAACGUCAGCGAGCGCGGCCUGACAGACGACAGAUUGAACCACCUGCUGACCAAGGUCCCGCGACGGACGGUAGUGCUGCUGGAAGAUGUUGAUGUCGCAUUCAUGAACCGCAAGACGCCUGGCGCAGACGGAUUUGCUAGCCACUCCGUCACCUUCUCUGGACUGCUCAACGCUCUUGACGGUGUAGCUAGUGCUGAAGAGCGCAUCAUCUUCCUGACGACGAAUCAUGUCGAGAGACUGGACGAAGCGCUCGUUCGACCCGGCCGCGUGGAUAUGACGGUAAGGCUCGGUGAAGCAACUGAGUAUCAGAUCGAGCAGCUCUGGGACCGAUUCUAUGCAGAAUUCGAUGCAGGCGGGGAAGCGAAGCAGAGAUUUAUGGCUAGAGUCAGAGAGUUGGGCCUCGUCGACUCGGUGAGCACUGCAGCGCUACAGGGGUUGUUCCUUUACAACAAGGACGACACUGAGGGCGCUAUUGCAAUGGUUGAGGGCCUCACCGCUGGUCGCAAAGCCGAGAACCACGUGGGUAUCCCGGGUCACGUUGAUGCCGCUUUGGCGCGACAAACGGGAACACUUGUACACGCGCCCCUGGCCGCACACCCACCCAUACAUAUGGCUAACGAGGACGGGUGCGGGUCAUCUUCGUCGCUUGCUCCCUCGUCCGUCCAUUCUUCUUCUGGAACCACGCGACACGACCCUCUUUCCGUCUCUCAAGGCAGCUACGAGUUGCAGGUUUUGCCUGGGAAAGCAAAGAAAGCAAGGAACAUAGCCACAUCCGAAACGACUUCUGAUGACGAUCUUGAUCUGCCAGCUGGUCGCCCCGAUAGUCCUACACGAUCCGUCAAGAAGGCAAUGUCAAGAGUACCUCUUCUGGUGAGAUCGAGCCCGGCGCAGGGAACAGGGUCAUAUGGCGGCCUGCCUAUUUCUUCUUCCAGUCCAGAGGAGUCUGAUGAUAACAACGUAGUCAAUGAGUCAAGAAAGAAAAAAGGAAAGAGCAGACUUUCGCAUAGUGAACCCACGUUACUCUCGGAUCACAACCACGAUGAUUCGAUACGGAGUGAACCAAUCCUUUCAAGCACUAGCAAGUCACGUCGUAGGACGGGUGACGCUGAUCGUAGCAGCACGACGCUUGGUGUAGCCUCCAGCGGCCAGGAGGAAUGUCGUUUCGAAGCGAGGUUCAACGCCAGCGGCCUCGAUCCUUCUACAGCUGGUGCGCCACUGUUUGACAACUCAACCUCUUCGAGCAGUACGCUAGACGACAAUGAAUCUUCCGACGACGACCUACACGAUAUGAAGGGUAACCCGUCCGAUAACUCGCCCUACGCUCAAGUCAGGGCAUCCGUUGCUGCUACUGACAACCUGUCUCUGUCUAUUGAUACCCCACGCAUGUGGUUCCUGUCGAUUCUGUUUUCCAUUGCUGGUUCUUCAACCAACUUGUUCUUCUCCCUACGAUACCCUAGCGUUAGCCUUACUCCUAUUAUUGCACUACUACUUGUUCAUCCUCUCGGUCUGCUAUGGGACCAGCUUCUAAAACGACACGACGACCCUGAAGAAACCUUCAUCAAUGGGUGCGCUCAAACAACCUCACACCACCCCCAAUCAUCACAAAACAAAGUCACCUGGGCACGUCGACUACGGCUCUGGCUUGCUCAAGGCCGCUGGAACGAAAAGGAACACUGUUGCGUAUACGUCAGCAGCAAUGUAUCCUUCGGCUUUGCCUUUGCAACUGAUGUCAUCGUCGAGCAGGUCAAAUUCUACAAGCAAGACCUCGGCAUCAUGUAUCAAGUACUGCUCAUCCUCUCCACCCAAAUACUGGGCUACUCCCUUGCCGGCAUUACUAGACGUUAUUUGGUCCGGCCCAGCGGUAUGAUAUGGCCAAGCACGCUGGUGUCCACUGCUAUGUUUACCGCGUUGCACAAAGAUGAGAACAAGCCUGCCGAUGGCUGGACCAUAGCUCCACGGAAAUUCUUCAAGCGCAUAUUUCUGGGCUCUGUCGCAUUUUACUUCCUACCUGGUCUCCUGUUCCCAGCAUUGAGUUAUUUCAAUGUGAUCACCUGGUUCGCGCCAAAGAGUGUUGUCGUCGCUAAUCUAUUCGGAAUCUCGUCUGGCCUUGGAUUAUUCCCAGUGACUUUCGAUUGGGCGCAAAUUGCGUACAUUGGCUCUCCCUUAAUCACCCCAUUCUGGGCUGCCAUGAACAUCCUCGGAGGACUUGUGAUGGUUAUGUGGAUCGCAGCCCCAAUCAUGUACUACAAGAACGUCCUUUACUCUUCGUACAUGCCCAUCCUCUCAUCUGCCGUAUGGGACAAUCGUGGAAAGCCAUACGAUGUCAGCAAAAUCUUGACCGAGAGCUUCCUCUUCGACGAAGAAGCCUACAAACAAUACAGUCGUGUCUAUCUUCCGAUUACGUACGUAUUGAGCUACGCCCUGCAAUUCGCCGGUCUUACCGCUCUGCUUUCGCACACUGGGCUAUGGUACGGAAAGGAUAUCUGGAGACAAUGGCGUCGCUCCUGGGCUGAGAUCCGCAAGGAGUCGGCCCAGGACUACCAGCCAUUAGUGAACGGAGCCGAUGCUAGCAAUCGUCCGGACUCACCUGCAAUGCUCCGACAUAGGCCCAGCACGACGUCAGAACCGGACGUGGAAGACCUACUGUCCGCGGAAGACGUGCACAACCGUCUCAUGCGCAAAUACGAGGAUGUACCACUUACCUGGUAUCUUCUAACGGGCAUUAGUAUGGCCGCUGUCGGCAUGUUCGUCGUCGAGUACUACCCUGUCCACUUACCCUGGUACGGUCUCUUGCUAGCUCUCGGCAUUGGCGCGGUUCUCUUCGUCCCCAUCGGCAUCGUUAUGGCCAUCACAAACCAACAAAGUAGCAUCUACCUUAUCUGCCAACUGAUCUGUGGCGUUGUCUUCCCCGGUCGGCCCGUCGCAAACAUGGUCUUCACGACCUUUGGCUAUAUCUCAUCCACACAGGGUCUGAAGUUUGCUUCAGAUCUGAAGCUUGGUCACUACAUGAAGAUUCCUCCCAAAAUUCUCUUCAAGCUUCAGCUUUCUGUCACCAUCGUUUCCAGUCUGACGCAGAUUGGUGUGCUCAACUGGAUGCUAAAUUACAUCCCAGGUAUCUGCACACCACAGGCUAUCAACGGCUUCAACUGUCCAAUCGCCCGCGUACACUUCAACGGAAGUAUACUUUGGGGUGUUGUUGGACCAGGAAAGUUCUUCGGCCCAGGCGCACUCUACCAACACCUGAUCUGGGCCUUCCCUGUUGGCGCUAUUGCACCCGUCAUAAUCUGGUGGCUCGCUCGUGGAGACCGUAAAUCUAUCCUUAGUAAAGUCAACCUCGCCGUUGUGUUCGGUAGUCUGAGCUGGAUUCCACCAGCCACUGGGCUUAACUUCUCCGUUUGGGCAAUCGUCUGCUACAUCUUCAACUACGAGAUUCGGAACCGGAAGAACGCGUGGUGGAAGAAGUACAACAUGAUGCUUAGCGCGGCCUUGGACUCUGGUCUUGCGUUUGGUGUCGUCGUCAUCUUCUUUGGUAUUGUGUACCCCGGUUGGAUGAGUAACUUUAAAUGGUGGGGUACGGAGGUCUACAAGCAGGGUUGUGACUGGCAAGCCUGUCCCUACAAGGAAGUGCCAAAAGGAGGAACUUUCGGGCCCGGAAGGUGGUGA